AUGCCCAUAUUCUCCAACAACGGCGACAAUGUUCUGCGGAAAGCUACAGCCAAUGCUAUCCUCGACCGAGGGAAAAAAGCCUACCGGUCUAUCUCUCACGUAGUCUUUGGCGACACAUCGUCACCACCAACAGGAUUCAUGGAAAUCAAGAACGAAGCCGAACAUCAAGAGGCAAACACAACAUUAUUUGCUAGUGUCAGCUCACCAGAAGAGAAUCCUAACGGUCAGCCAGAAUCAAUAGCAUACACGUCCAUUUCUUCAACAUAUCCGCCUGAAAGCGCUCUUAGGGCAACCUCAACCCCAAAAAAUCAAGGGUGUCCAGAUCCGGCAAGCUUGCAGCACUUGGGCAACAUGACCAGACAUUCAACAGUCGGACUGGGUAGUGAUCUUUGUCAAUCAUAA